CCCGGAACAUGUCCGCCACGCGCUGCACAUUUGGCGCCACGCACUGUACUAUUUUGCCCACUGCUGAAAAACAUUUUCGGAAAAAAAGAAGGGGCAAAACGGUAAAUUAUUUGGCCACGGACAAAAGAAACUGGUGAUUUCUUUUUCCGUCAGACACAUUUUCUUCGCUUCAGCUUAUAUACUCCGUCGCUCAAUCCGAUUCCUCCGUCUGACGACUGACAUAUAAUCGCACACAGAAACACGCACAACUGUGUGUAUAUCGUGUUAUCGACAUAGAGAUAUAUAUAUAUUCGCAUAUACAAAUUAUAUACAUAUCUAAGCUUUGUUGAAGGUGGAACUGCAGAUCUCGGAAAUCGCGGUGACGAAUCUCGCUUUUUGUGGCGUCCGGCUCGUCAAAAUUCUGUAUCGUUUCUUCGAAGAGAUUGCCUGCAAUUUCUGUUUCGUCAGGUUUUAAGUGACAAACGUCGUGGUUAGUGGAGUUCGUUUGAGGGAUUUAACAUAUAAUGGUCUCAUUUUCAAAUGGUAGCUUAUCUGGUGUGGUCUCUAACAAGCGGCCUUUGGAGAAUGGGUAUCUUCCCAAAUUUAAGCCGCGGAGAGUAUCCGCAGUCCGGGAUUUUCCACCUCUGUGUGGCAGCAAUGCUGUGCCAACGAAUUUGAAACCUGACGAAAAUGGUGGUAGCGUAGUGGGGGUUACGGAGACUGUUGGUGUUAAAGAUUCUCAAAUGAAUGAUGCUGCAGUGGGUAAUGGCGUUGUAAUUUCCGAAAUAGCUGAUCAAACGGAGGCUGAAGCAGUUGGAAAUUCUGAGACCGAUAAGAUAGAGGCUGAUGGUUUUACGACUGCCGAAAUGCCCCAACCUGUAAAGCUUAAUGAGAUGGAAAAUUCUGAUGUACAAAAUCUUGCUGAUUCUAGUGGUUUCGAGAGCUCUAAUAUCAAGGUGGAUUGUCAAUCAAAUGAAGAAAUAAACUGUACUGUGGAUGUAGAUAUGACUGAAUCAUUAGAUGCAUUAGUGGAAAGGGUGACAGCUAGUGCAAAUUUCUUUGACGAAUUGAUGAUAGAAAUUGGACCGCUCGGUUUUCAGUUGCCGAAUGAAGCAGUAAACAAUCCUAUUGAAGAAGAGAGAACUGAAUCAAUGAACACAUUGGUGGGAAAUGUGGAAACAACGGUAAUGGAUGUUUUCUCCAAGAAUUUUGAUGAAUUGAUAACAGAAACUGCAUUCAUUGGAGUUGAUACACCGAUAAACAUGGAAAGUGAUUCUUCCAAUGCUGGAUGUCAGAAAGAGUUGAAUGAGGUGGGAGGCUUGGCUUUGGUCCCGAGCUCGGUCGUGGAGGAGGCAAAACCCAUAUCAUAUCCUGAUACUUCACAUGAUGAAGAUCCUUCAGUUAAGCCGACGGAUAAGUAUCGCCUGCGGAGAGUAUCUGCCAUCCGUGACUUCCCUCCACAUUGUGGGAGGAAUGUUACUUUACCAAUUGACGAAGAAAAACAGACGGUUAAAGAAUAUUUGGAUACUGUUCAGGAAAUUCAUGUUAAAGAAGAUACAACUGAGACAUUGAACGGUGGGGCUGUAAGAGGGCCUCUGGAACUUAUAGCAGAGGCCACUGUGGAAUGUGUGAUAGUGGAUUCUGAAGAGCUUAUUGAGAAAAAGGAAGCCAGGCAAUCUGUGCCUAGACCAGGGGACACGUCCAAGGCGGGAGAAGAUACCACCAUCAGCAAUGCUGGAGGACCAGUGGGGAGAGAGAUUGCCGCCAAGUCACCUGACACAUAUGGCGAAGAAAGUGGUUUCAGCAUGGAAAAUGAAGUUCAUAGGGAGGUUGUGUAUGGCCUGAUGGCUGCACCAUAUUGUCCAUGGAGGAAUCCUAAAGUUUCUACAAAUAAUUCUGAUGGUAAAACAAGGAGACUAAAAGUGAGACAUUCGAAAAAAUCUCGAAUACACAAGUCUAAAGGUGUUGCUGUAGAUAGUAAUCUUAAGGCAGAUGGUUCAGGUGGACCAUCUCCAAAGAAGACUGCAUCUCCUGAUUCCCAUGAUGUAGAUGGAAGUGCUGGUUCAUCAACCUUCAUGAACGAGAAAGACCGUAGUGUGAAACGUCCUCUCCAAAUUACUCCUAUUGCAAUGUUCAAUCCAUGGCCUGACAACAGUGACAAUAAUUCUGCUGGACCUGUCAAAAACGAAACUGUUGUCUAUUCACCUGGAGGAAGUGACGAUAUGAUGCCUCCACAUAAUGUCGCCAGCGCAGCAGAUGAAGUGGAUGGAGAGGUUGUUGGUGGUGUUGUGAAAGAGAAUGCGGGAUCAAGUCAUGGAAAAAAGAAGCAGAUUUUGCCUUGGCGGCAGAAGGGCAAGGCUGUUGCGAGGAAAAGCACUCCGAAAGUAAAAUUCUCAGGAUCGCCAUUCAGAAAAAAGCAGCACAAAGUUCGUACUUCCGAUGAUGUGGAUGAGGGUCCCGGCUCUUCAAAGUCUAGCACGAGUCGCAAAUCACGAGAUUUCGAAAUUGACUUGCCUCCCAUUGCUCCUCCCUCUGGUCGGAAAAGUUCCGGCCAAGGCGAUGCGCGCAACAGAGUGAGAGAAACUCUCAGGCUGUUUCAUGCUAUUUGUAGAAAGUGCCUACAGCAUGAAGAAGCAAACACAGUGCCUGGACAGGAAGGGAAAAAAUCGAAGCAGUCCGAGAAAAAACUUAUCAGAAUCGAUCUGCACGCUGCGAAGAUUGUUAUAGCCGAAGGAAGAGAUGUCAACACCGGACGGCAAAUUCUCGGACAAGUUCCUGGAGUUGAAGUGGGGGACGAGUUUCAGUACAGAGUGGAGCUCGCACUUGUCGGCAUCCACCGCCUCUACCAGGCUGGCAUAGAUUCUAUAAAACUCGACAACGGAGUGCCUGUGGCCGUAAGUAUUGUAUCCUCCGGUUCUUAUGCUGAUGACGUGGAAAAUGCCGAUACGUUGAUAUACUCUGGGCAAGGAGGAAAUGUCGUUGUGCAGGCUAAACAAAAGUCUAAAGAACCAGAAGAUCAAAAACUCGAAAAAGGAAAUCUUGCUCUGAAGAACAGCAUCACAACACAGACCCCAGUUCGUGUUGUUCGUGGAUGGAAGGAGACGAAAGUUGUGGACCUCGCAGAUCAAAGAGCCAAGAUAGUCACUACCUAUGUUUACGAUGGGCUUUACACGGUGACGAAUUAUUGGACAGAAACUGGGCCCCACGGUAAGCAGGUUUUCAUGUUCGAGUUAAAGAGAAACCCCGGUCAGCCCGAGCUCGCUUGGAAAGAGCUGAAGAAGUCUAGCAAGUCCAAAAUCCGGGCAGGCGUGUGCGUGGCUGAUAUUUCGGGCGGUAAAGAAGCCUUAGCAAUUUCUGCUGUGAAUACUUGCGACAGUGACAAACCACCUAAUUUCAACUACAUUUCGAAGAUGAUGUAUCCCAAUUGGCACCGUUCGAUUCCGCCAGCUGGCUGUGACUGCAUUGGCCGGUGCUCCGACUCGAGGAAAUGCCGGUGUGCGGUGAAAAACGGAGGCGAAAUCCCCUACAAUCGUAAUGGCGCUUUAGUAGAAACCAAACCCCUCGUUUACGAGUGUGGGCCCCACUGCAAAUGCCCACCUUCUUGCUAUAAUAGGGUCGGUCAACGUGGAAUCAAAUUCCGGCUCGAGAUAUUCAAGACUGAAUCUAGAGGGUGGGGGGUUAGGCCCCUAACCUCCAUACCUUCCGGAAGCUUCAUAUGCGAGUACGUGGGGGAGCUUCUAGAAGACAAGGAAGCCGAACGGAGAGUCGGGAGCGACGAGUAUUUAUUCGACAUUGGGCAAAACUACAGCGACUGCCCCUCUCUCAAACCCGAAGAACAACACAGUGAAGAAAGUGGAUAUACGAUUGAUGCUGCACAUUACGGAAACGUGGGGAGGUUUAUCAACCACAGCUGUUCGCCUAACCUUUACGCGCAGAAUGUGAUACACGACCACGAUGACAGAAAGAUGCCCCAUGUGAUGCUUUUCGCAAUGGAGAAUAUUCCUCCGUUGCAGGAGCUGACCUAUCACUACAACUACUCGGUUGGUCAGAUUAGUGACCCUAAUGGGAAUAUUAAGGUUAAAAAGUGUUAUUGUGGUACUGCAGCAUGUACCGGCAGGAUGUACUGAAAUUUUAUAUUUAUAUACAUCUGCAUGUAGAUAUAUAUAAUGUUGGAAAUGUUGUGACAAGGGUUUAAACCUUUUUUCAUGAAAUUUGAAUCUUGAGGUAUGGAUGGAUGAUUUAGCAGAUGAAUAUUU